AUGUCUGGCCCAGUCGCUCGCCUCGCAAACAUCAAGCUUGGCGGCGCCUCGCAACCUGAUUCCUCCACUCCCGGUCAAGCUUCAAGAAAUGCUGACAAUGUUCCAAGCGCGGAUCUUGGCCUCAUCGGCCUUGCUGUCAUGGGACAGAACUUGAUUCUCAACAUGGCCGACAAUGGCUUCACAAUCUGCGCUUACAACCGAACCGUCUCCAAGGUCGACGCCUUCUUGAACAACGAGGCCAAGGGCAAGUCCAUUGUUGGCGCUCACAACGACAAGGAGUUCAUCGACAGCCUCAAGUCGCCCCGCCGUAUUAUGCUCCUCGUUCAGGCUGGUAAGGCCGUCGAUGAGUGGAUUGAGAGACUCCUGCCCUACCUCGACGCUGGCGACAUCAUCAUCGAUGGUGGCAACUCUCACUUCCCCGACUCCAACCGCCGCACCAAGGAGCUCAGCGCCAAGAACAUCCGAUUCGUCGGCUCCGGUGUCUCCGGUGGCGAGGAGGGUGCUCGAUUCGGCCCCUCUCUGAUGCCCGGUGGUAACGAGGAGGCCUGGCCUCACAUCAAGGACAUCUUCCAGGCCAUUGCCGCCAAGAGCGACGGCGAGGCCUGCUGUGAGUGGGUCGGUGACGAAGGUGCUGGUCACUACGUCAAGAUGGUUCACAACGGUAUCGAGUACGGUGACAUGCAGCUCAUCUGCGAGGCGUACGACAUCAUGAAGCGUGGUCUUGGCCUCUCCAGCAAGGAGAUUGGUGACGUCUUUGCCAAGUGGAACAAGGGCGUUCUUGACUCUUUCCUGAUUGAGAUCACCCGUGACAUCCUCUACUUCAAUGACGACGAUGGCACCGCUCUGGUUGACAAGAUUCUGGACAAGGCUGGCCAGAAGGGAACCGGAAAGUGGACUGCUAUCAACGCCCUCGACCUCGGUAUGCCCGUCACCCUGAUUGCCGAGGCUGUGCUGGCCCGAUGCCUGUCUGGCAUCAAGGACGAGCGUAGCGAGGCUUCCACCAAGCUCCGCUAUGUCUCCCGCAGCAGCGGCAAGUUCGAGGGUAACAAGGAGCAGUUCCUUGAGGACCUCGAGCAGGCUCUGUAUGCCUCCAAGAUCAUCUCAUACGCCCAGGGCUUCAUGCUCAUGCAGGAGGCUGCCCGUGAGUUCAACUGGAAGCUUAACAAGCCCUCCAUCGCUCUCAUGUGGCGUGGUGGCUGCAUCAUCCGAUCUGUCUUCCUCAAGGACAUCACCUCUGCUUACCGCAACGAGCCCGACCUGAAGAACCUGCUCUUCGACAACUUCUUCAACGAGGCCAUCCACAAGGCCCAGCCCGGCUGGAGAGCCGUCGUUGCCCAGGCUGCUGAGCUCGGUAUCCCCACUCCUGCCUUCGGCACCGCUCUCUCAUGGUUCGAUGGCUACCGCACCAAGGACCUCCCCGCCAACCUGCUGCAAGCCCAGCGUGACUACUUCGGUGCUCACACUUUCCACAUCAAGCCUGAGCAUGCUAGCGACAAGUACCCCCAGGGCAAGGAUAUCCACGUCAACUGGACUGGCCGUGGUGGCAACGUUUCCGCCUCAACAUACCAGGCAUAA